AUGGCGCGCGCGCUCGGUUUGGCGCGGCUGGUCGCGUCGUCUCGGCGCGGAUCCCUGGCGGCGGCGGCGUCCUACGCGACGUCGGCGCCGCCACCCCCGCCGCCGGCGCACGGCCGUCGCGCGUCCGGCUCGUCCGAUGACGCAUCGACGAUCCCUCCCCUGGCGUGCGAGUGGAUCGAGCCCCCGGGGGAUCAGUCGACGACGGACGCCCCCGUGGCGCUGGUGCUGCACGGCCUGAUGGGCAGCGGCCGGAACUGGCGCACGUUCGCGCGGGCGCUGUCGAAGCGUCUGGCGGCCGGCGGAACGCCGUGGAGGUUCGCACUCGUGGACCAGCUGUGGCACGGGCGCACCUUCGGCGAUCGGACGCACCGCGAGUGGAGGAACCCGAGCGCGCAGACGGCGGCCGCGAACGGCGCGUGCGCCGUGGAUCUCGCGGCGUCCGCCGUCGGCGACUUCGCCGCGCACGUGCGCGCCGUGAACCCGCACUGCCGCGUCGCCGCCGUCAUCGGUCACUCCCUGGGCGGCAAGAUCGCGCUGCGGCAUCUCGCGAGGCUCGGAGACGCGAACGCGCUGCCGCCGCACCCCACGCAGUGGUGGUCGCUCGACUCCGUCCCGUCCGCGGUGGCGCACCCCGACGAUGACCCGCACGGCGUUCAGCGCGUCAUCGACGCCGUCAGGAACCACCUGCCGAGGACGUUCGCGGCGCGCGAGGACCUCGGGACGGCGCUCGCGGCGAUGCCGGGCGGCGUUACAUUUCCCAGGGAUCUCGUCGACUGGCUCGGGACCAACUUGGCCCCCGCCGAUCCCACCGCUGGUGCGACGUCGCCGCUGACGUGGCAGUUCGAUCCCGACGGCGCCGCGGCGCUGUACGACGCGUACAAGCGGGACGACGGCGCGCUCCGCGUCGCUCUGGAUCCACCGAUGGGGCGCGGCGGGCGUUAUAACGGUUCGUCAGUCGUCCACGAGGUGCACGUGGUUCGAGCCGAGCGGUCUGAGCGGUGGCCGAAAGACACGGUAGCCGCGCUCGUGGCGCGCGCGAAACAGCGCGGGUCGAGGCUGCGGUACCACGCGCUGCGGGACGCGGGGCACUGGCUGCACGUGGACAACCCGGGGGGAUUGCGGGACGUGCUCGCGCCGGAGAUGGCUCGCCUGCACGCCAGUCUGACGAGAUGA